GGCCAUUUUCGUUAUAGUACAGAGAUACAAGUAAGUCUAAUAAAUGCAACUUUUCUUUCUUCACCUAAUUCUUUUCAGUUUCAGGCUCUAUAGUAAAUGAAGCUCCUUUUGAAUUAAGAAAUUGGGUCCAAAGCUCAGAUCAGUGUGAUCAGAAGAAGAAAGUGCAGUAAGAAGCCUCUUUCUUCUUCUUUUACUUGUUCCAGCUCUUCAAACCAGACAGAAGCUAGGGUUUACCGUGAAGUGUGAGAGAAAAACAUAACAGGGUUUGUUUCGGUUUCAUUGUUGCCGAAUGGGGACCUUUUCUGUGAGAAAGAGGGUCAGGCUUGCUGAGGAAUGUUCACAUUUUGAGGAUGAAUUGUUGUUGGAUACGAAUUAUGAGAAGUUCUUGGGGUUAGUUCAGGUUGGUGAUGAAAAUUUGGACAAUUUUUCUGUGGAUCAAGCUACUUCUUUGCAUUAUGAGCCCAAUUUAGAUGUUCCAGAAACUUCGAAAAAAUCUCAGGUGACUGAGAAGUUGAGGAAGGGUAUGAUUAGGGGAGAGAUGAAUGGCCUUGAGAAAUCUGCUGUUCUUCUGAGCACAGAAGUUAAUGAGGGCCCAAGUAAUGUUAGGUAUGCUCUGAAGAAAAACAGGGCCACUGUGGAAAAAGAGGAUCUCCGAGUGAACAAGAGUUUAUUUGUGAUGGAGAAUGUAAAAUUGGAACCUCUAGAUUUUGAUUCUGGUGGGAUGAAUCAGUGUUCCAAUAAAAGAACUCACUUAGAAGCUUUUAACACUCAAAAACCUUUGAAAAGUGCAGUGGAGAAUGUAAACGUGGAAGCUCCGGAUUCUGACUCUGGUUGGAACCGUGGGAUAAGUGAGCGUUGCAGUAAAAGACCUUGUUUAGAGGCUUCUGACACUCCAAAGACGCUGAAAAGUUCUCGGGUGAAAAAGAAAAACAAAAUUAACAGAACUUCAAGGAGAUUUUUGAAGAAAGGAAAGAUGAACAUAAAUAUUCCUAACAAGUCUGCUCGUCUUUUGCCUGAAAAAAAGACUGGGAUGAAGAAGAAGGUUAAUGUGGAAGCUGCACAUGCUGUUUCUGGUACGUCAAAUGUGCUCUCUAGCAAACAAAAAGGUUCCCGGAUCCUACAAUCUGCUCCGCGUAGGUGUAACCGUGGAGCUUUAUCUAUUCAUAUUGAUGAGACCUAUGAAACAUUUCUCAACCUUGCUGUGAUGUCUGGUGACAUAAUGAUAUAUACACCCAGAAAUGGUACAAGAAAUAUUUAUGAGGAGGAUAUGGAGAGUUCAUCAGAUUCAGAAGAAACUGUACUAGACAACAAUCGACGUGAUGGAUAUCAUCCCUCAUAUGUGAAAACCAAGGCCACAACUAACAGAACUUUGAGGAGGGGUGUGAUGAAGAAAAAGAUGAGCUGCCCUAAGAACUACGAAGAUACUUCCUCAGAUUCGGAUCUAAAUGAACAGGACAGUCAUCAACAUGAUGAAUGUCGUGCCUCAUUUGUGAAAAAUAAUACUGCAAUUAAUAGAACUAUGAGAAAAACUGUGAGCCCAAGAGCUCGUAGGAGUGCUCUGCAGAAUAAAAACAGGAAGACUCCCACCGGAAAUUUAGAGGUCCUCCGAGCAAAAAAGAGUUCAGUGGCAAAGAAGAAGAAUAUAAAAGAAACUCUGAAUACUGUCAGUGCUGAAUGUGAUUUAGUACAUGAGAGUUAUGAAGAAUUCAUAAGUUUCGUUGAGGUGGAUGGUAAAAACUUGGUGUAUACACGAAGCAAUGGUGGACGAAAGAUAUAUGAGGAGCAGGAGGCUACAUCAGAUGCAAUGCACAGGGAUUCACUUGAUAGUUUUCAUAUAAUGGACACAAACGGUGGGCACAGCAUUGAGAGUCAUAACCAGUUUAGGGAGGGGCUUAUGAAGGAUCUUGGAAGGCCGUACGACCAAGAAGAGCUUCUCAAGCUCUUGAAAGAUGCAUGUAGCAAAGGGCCAAGUGACCAUGAGACAGAUCUGUUUAAUAGCAUUGAAUCAGGUCAAACGCCAAGAGAAUAUGGAAAAACAUACCUAGAGGUGUACAAAGAUCUGGGUGACAAGAUUUAUGCAGCUAACGGUGAUCGCUCUAAAACUUUAAAUCUCUACCGGGGAUUGUUCUACUGGCUGAAAAACAAGUCCCAGGAAGGAAGCUUCAUUCCAUGGAAGGACAAAAGAUGUUUGAAGAUGAUGCUGCCACCUGAGAAAAAAUAGGGAGUCCUUGCAUCAACUCCAAAAUGCAAUGGAGCAUGUCUUUUGAGUGCAGCUGUAGUAAUUAGGUGUAGCGUAUUAGAUACCACUGAGAAGAUUAAUAGGAGUUCAAAGUUGCGUAGUUUGAAAGCUAUAUGUAUCAUACAUUGCAAGUAGGCUGUGGCUUGGCACCUUUUAUGCAUGAUGUAGCUUUUGAUCUCUGAAUGCAGACAACAGCGGUUCUGUUA